UUCUGCAAAUCAGAGGUUCCUCAAAUUUCUGUUUUGUUUACAUCUAGAUGCUUCGCAAUUGUUCCAGAUCAUGUUUUUUCUUUAAAGUAUUUGUUAUCAACUUGAAACCUUAUUGUGAUUUUGUUUAGGAGUAGGUCAAAGGCAUGGAUGGAUUCCUUUAUGUAUUAAUGAUUUAGCACACCAUGGGAAGCGAACAUUCGAAGGGAACAGUUCCUCAAGAAAGUUUUCAACUUCCUUUUGCAGCUUUGCAAGAAGCAACUAACAACUUCGAUGACAAGUUUUUCAUUGGAGAGGGUGGAUUUGGGAAGGUUUACAGGGGUGUUUUACGUGAUGGAACAAAGGUGGCCCUGAAAAGGCGUAAUCGUUUGUCCCGACGAGGUAUUGAAGAGUUCCGAACAGAAAUUGAGAUUCUCUCACAGUUCCGCCAUCCCAAUUUGGUUUCAUUGAUUGGAUACUGUAAUGAUAACAAUGAGAUGAUUCUAAUUUUUGAGUAUUUAGAGAAUGGGAACCUCUGGAGCCAUUUGUAUGGGUCAGAUCUACGUCUACACAAUAUGAGCUGGGAGCAGAGGCUGGAGAUAUGCAUCGGGACAGCCAGAGGUCUCCACUACCUUCAUACUAGCAGAGUUAUACAUGGUGAUGUCAAGUCUGCAAACAUAUUGCUUGAUGAGAAUUUUGUGCCAAAAAUUGCUGAUUUUGGAACCAGGAAAGGGACUGACCUUGAUCAAACCCGUCUUAGCAUAAGGAUAAUAGGAACAAGGGGCUACAUUGCCCCUGAAUAUGCUAUGAGGGGACAGCUGACAGAAAAAUCUGAUGUUUAUUCUUUCGGUGUUGUUUUAUUCGAAGUUCUUUGUGCUAGGCCUGCCAUAGGUCAUUAUAUUUCGAAGGAGAUGGUUAGUUUGGCUGCAUGGGCAAUUGAUUCACAGAAGAAGGGACAGUUGGAACAAAUCGUAGACCCUAAUCUUGCAGCCAAAAUAAGACCAGAAUCCCUCAGGAAGUUUGGAGAAACAGCGGUGAAAUGCUUAGCUGAUUCUGGUGUUGAUAGGCCAUCUAUGAGUGAUGUGCUGUGGAAUCUGGAGUAUGCACUUCAUCUCCAAGAACCUGUCAUUCAAGAUGAUCCUGAAGAAAACAGUACCAUUCUUAUUGGGACAAAUCAAUGA